AUGUCCAGAACACUGAAGAAGAAGAAACACUGGUCCAGUAAAGUGGUGGAGUGCGCCGUGUCAUGGGGGAACCUGGGGGACUUUGGCUCCGUGGUGGAGGUUCUGGGAGGAGCAGAGCUGGGACAGUUCCCUUACCUGGGCCAGAUGAAGCUGGACGUGCUGGUUUGUCACGUCGGUAAGCUGCCCUACUACGGGGACGUCUUGCUGGAGGUGAACGGGACGCCCGUCAGUGGACUUACAAACCGUGACACCCUGGCUGUGAUACGCCACUUUCGAGAGCCGAUUCGCUUGAAGACAGUCAAACCAGGUAAAGUAUUGAACACGGACCUGCGCCACUACCUCAGUCUGCAGUUUCAGAAGGGCUCGCUGGACCACAAGCUCCAGCAGAUCAUACGGGACAACCUCUACCUACGCACCAUCCCCUGCACCACGCGACUUCCUCGAGAGGGGGAGGUGCCCGGCGUUGACUACAACUUCAUCAGUGUUGGCGACUUCAGGAUCCUGGAGGAGAGUGGCCUUCUCCUGGAGAGUGGGACCUAUGAUGGUAACUACUAUGGGACCCCGAAGCCUCCCGCGGAGCCCAACCUGGUGCAGCCUGACCUGGUGGAUCAGGUGCUGUUUGAUGAAGACUACGGUGGCGAGGUUCCGAGGAAACGCACCACCUCAGUGAGUAAGAUGGACAGGAAGGACAGCGCAGUCCCUGAGGAGGAAGAUGAUGAUGAGAGGCCACCGCUGGUCAAUGGAUUGCCUGAGCACAAAGAGAGGGCAGACUGGCGGAAAGCGGUGCCCAGCUAUACCCAGUCCAGUAGCUCCAUGGACUUCCGCACAUGGAGCUCGCUUCCUCGCGAUGACAGCCUGGAGCCCCUGCCUCUUAACUGGGAGAUGGCUUACACUGAGACCGGGAUGGUCUACUUCAUAGAUCACAAUACAAAGACAACUACGUGGCUGGACCCCCGCUUGGCAAAGAAGGCGAAGCCCCCAGAGAAGUGUGAGGAUGGAGAGUUACCUUAUGGCUGGGAGGAAAUUGAUGAUCCGCAGUACGGCACAUACUAUGUCGAUGACCUGCAUGUGAACACAACGCUGAUUGUGCUCUCACUGUGUUCUGCCUGUGUUUGUGUUAGUAAGCGUGUGUAUAGAAUCCACAUCAACCAGAAAACCCAGUUUGAGAACCCGGUCCUGGAGGCAAAGAAGAAGCUGAGCCAGGAGACAGCUGUGAUCCAACAAGCCACGGCAACACCUUCUCAAGGUAAGGGCGCUGCGUCUGGCUUCACGGCGGACCCCGGCCAGCUGAAGGGGGAGAUGUACCACACAGCGCUGAAGAAGAGCUCCCAGGGGUUUGGAUUCACCAUCAUCGGAGGUGACCGCACAGAUGAGUUUCUGCAGGUGAAAAAUGUGCUCAGCGACGGCCCUGCUGCCCACGACAACAAGAUGGCGUCCGGUGAUGUGAUCGUUGAGAUUAACGGGAUGUGUGUGCUGGGGAAGACUCAUCCAGAGGUGGUGCAGAUGUUCCAAUCCAUUCCCAUCAACCAGUAUGUGGACAUGGUCCUUUGCCGCGGUUACCCGCUCCCCCCAGAUGUGGAUCUAGACAGCGACGACCCUCUCCCGCCUCCUCCUCCUCCAGCUGCUGCUCAGCCCCAGCAGCCCCUGCAUGGUGGAGAGGUGGUGACAGCCGUGCCCCUCAUCAACGGACAGCCGCUGCUUGUGAAAGGUGAUGUCCUCCAUGGCUCCUCUCAGGAGCUCCACUAUGUCACUACGGACGCCAGCGGCCGGCCGGUCGUGGCAGCUAUGCCCAACGGGAGGCAGGGGGAGCGAGGAGAGGUGGCCUCGGGGAUGCUACAGCCGGAGCUGGUGAGCGUGCCGCUGGUGAAGGGCCCGGGAGGAUUCGGGUUUGCCAUUGCUGACUGCCCGCUGGGCCAGAAGGUGAAGAUGAUCCUGGACGCCCAGUGGUGCCGUGGCCUGCAGAAAGGAGAUGUCAUUAAGGAGAUCAACAGGCAAAAUGUCCAAACUCUGAGCCACGCUCAGGUGGUGGACAUCCUUAAAGACCUACCAGUGGGCAGCGAAGUCAAUGUGCUCGUGCUGCGAGGAGGUCAGACAUCCCCUGUGAAGAGUCUAAAGCCUAGACAGGAAAUGACAGCCAGCACAGAGACUUUGGACGGUAUCACUGACUCAGCUCCCCAGGCCUUGCCUUACCACUCCAACACGAGCACCCUGCGCUCCGCCGACUCCCCCAAACGAGACGCCACAGAGAUGUACCUGAAGUCAAAAGCCCUGCUGGAGAGCAGACAGCCUCACACCAAAGACAUAGAUGUCUUUCUGAAGAGAGACAUUGAAACAGGCUUUGGCUUCCGUGUUCUGGGAGGAGAAGGUCCACAGCAGCCAGUGUACAUUGGGGCCAUCGUGCCCAACGGAGCUGCAGAGAAGGAUGGUCGCCUGAGAGCAGGAGAUGAGCUCAUCGGCAUCGAUGGUGUGAUGGUUAAAGGUCGUUCGCACAAGCAGGUGUUGGAUCUGAUGACCAACGCUGCCCGUAAUGGUCAAGUCAUGUUGACUGUACGCAGAAAGGUCAUCUACAGAGAUGCCACAGACGAAGAGGCUCAGGAAAUGGCUCCAGUGCUGGUGAACGGUUCUCCCAAGCUACCUCGCCUACCGAUGCCCAGCGCUCUGGACCACGAGUCUUUUGACAUCACACUCCACCGCAAGGACACCGAGGGCUUUGGCUUCGUCAUCCUCACAUCGAAGAGCAAACCCCCGCACGGAGUUAUCCCACACAAAAUUGGCCGCAUCAUUGAAGGCAGUCCCACCGACCGCUGUGGCCUGCUGCAUGUCGGAGAUCGUAUCUCGGCGGUCAACGGGCGCUCCAUCAUUGAGCUCUCUCACAAUGACAUUGUUCAGCUUAUCAAGGAUGCCGGAAAUGUUGUCACCCUCACUGUUGUUCCCGAGGAUGAAUACAAGGGCCCUCCAUCUGGAGCAAGUUCAGCCAAACAGAGUCCGGCUCUUCAGCACAGAGCCAUGGGGCAAAGGUCAGCCCUUCAGGAUGAACGUUAUAACCUCGACCUGGAGGAAAAAAGGGAGGGAGUCAACUGGUCUGACCACAAAACUCUUCCACUUAGUGAGCAGGGAACGCUGUGUGUGACGGGAACCAACCAGGGUUGUCUGACAGUGGAGUUAGAGAGGGGUCCUAGGGGCUUUGGCUUCAGUCUGCGAGGGGGAACAGAGUACAACAUGGGCCUGUACAUCCUGAGACUUGCGGAGGAUGGACCUGCUCAGCUGGAUGGAAGGAUCCACGUGGGAGAUGAGAUAGUGGAGAUUAACGGGGAGCCUGCACGUGGCAUCUCCCAUACACGGGCUAUUGAACUGAUCCAGGCCGGAGGAAACAAAGUGGUGCUGCUGCUGCGACCAGGGGCAGGCCUGGCUCAGGAAGGCAGUGGUACUGCUUCCUCUACUGUGUGCUACUACACUGAGCACCAACACUAA